AUCGGCACGCCAAAUCUCCACGACCAGCCGUCUUUCCCUCCCGUAGCCGACAUGCCUAGGAAGGAGCGCGACGCCGAGGGCAGCCGGAGCUCGUCGCGGCGGCGGCGGUCGCCGUCCGACUCGGACUCCGACUCCGACUCCGGCGGCUCGCCCCGCCGGGGCCGGAGCCGCCACCGCCGCAGGAGCCGCCGCAAGGCCGCCCCGCCCUCCUCCUCCUCCUCCAGCGGCGCGAGCGAUUCGCAGGCGUCCGGCUCCGGCUCCGACUCCGGGGACCGCCGGAGGAGGCGGAGCGGGAGCGCCAAGCGCGGGGGCGUCACGGAGGAGCAGAUCCUGGAGUACAUGUCCAAGAAGGCGCAGAAGAAGGCCGAGAAGGUGGCCAAGAAGAUGAAGGCCAACGCGGUGUCGGGCUACUCCAACGAUUCCAACCCUUUUGGCGACCCCAACCUCACAGAGAACUUUGUUUGGCGAAAGAAGAUUGAUCGCGCUGUAACUGAAGGGCAGAAGGUGGACAUUUCUGUUAAAGCUGAAAAGAAAAGGCAGAGGGAAAGAAUGGCUGAAAUAGAGAAGGUUAAGAAAAGAAGGGAGGAAAGAGCAAUUGAAAAAGCACAGCAUGAGGAGGAAAUGGCAUUGUUAGCCAGAGAAAGAGCACGUGCUGAGUUUCAAGAUUGGGAGAAGAAAGAGGAAGAGUUUCAUUUUGAUCAAAGCAAAUUUAGGUCUGAGAUCAGGUUACGGGAGGGACGUACAAAGCCUAUUGAUGUUCUCCUGAAGAAUCUUAACUUUGCAGACGAAUUUGAUGUUGAGUUAAAUGAGCCCUACUUGGUGUUCAAGGGAUUAACAGUGAAGGAGAUGGAAGAGUUACAUGAUGACAUUAAGAUGCAUCUCGAUCUGGACAGGGAAAGCCAAGUAAAUGUCAAGUACUGGGAGGCACUCAUGGUAGUGUGUGAUUGGGAGCUAGGUGAGGCUCGGAAAAGAGAUGCCGUGGACCGGGCUAGGGUCCGUGGUGAGGAACCACCCCGUGAGGUUGAAGAGAGAGGCUUGCAUGCAAGUAUUGAGGGGGAUGUAAAAAAUCUCUUGGAGGGUAAGACUUCCACAGAGCUAGAAGAGAUGCAAAAUCAAAUUGAGUCCCAGAUGCGCUCUGGAACUGCAAAAGUUGUUGAAUACUGGGAGGCCAUUUUGAAACGCCUUCAUAUAUACAAAGCAAAGGCUUGCCUGAGGGAAAUCCAUGCUUCUCUCUUACGUAAGCAUCUGCAUCGUCUAGAGAAUGCUGGCGCUCCUGAACAGGCUGUAGAAGCUGAUGAAGAAUUAGACACUAAAGAGGAGGAUGUGAUGCGCGACGAGGAAGAAGAUGAUAAACGAUAUUCACCAGAACCUAUAGAACAUAUAGCUGAAGCAGCAGAGAGCCAUUUGGAUGAGGAAGAUGGCUCCUUCUCACCCGAGCUAAUGCAUGGCAAUGAAGAUGAAGAUGCAAUUGAUCCUGAUGAGGACAAGGCAGAACUGGAUCGGCAACGUGAAGCUGUAGUUACCGAGCAUCAAAGGAAAGUUAAGGAGGUCAUGACAGCUAAGGCAAAAAAACCAGAUGAGUUGGAGCUGAAGGCAAUGAAAGCGAUGGGAGCAAUGGAGGAAGGGGACGCUGUGUUUGGUUCAGGUGCUGAAGUGAACCUGGAUUCACAGGUGUACUGGUGGCAUGACAAGUACCGACCAAGGAAACCAAAGUACUUCAAUCGUGUGCAUACUGGAUAUGAGUGGAACAAAUACAAUCAAACUCAUUAUGAUCACGACAACCCGCCUCCUAAAAUCGUCCAGGGCUACAAGUUCAACAUAUUUUACCCUGAUCUUGUGGAUAAAUCAAAAGCACCAAUAUACACUAUAGAGAAAGAUGGAAGCGCUGGGGAGACAUGCCAUAUAAGGUUUCAUGCUGGCCCUCCAUACGAGGAUAUUUCAUUCCGCAUCGUGAACAAGGAGUGGGAGUACUCACACAAGAAGGGCUUCAAGUGCACAUUUGAGCGUGGGAUUCUUCAUCUGUAUUUCAACUUCAAGCGAUACCGCUACAGGCGAUAGAUACCACACAACAGAAAGAACCAGAUCAUUGAUUGGGCUAUUAGAAGUUGGUUCUCUGUUUCUUGCUUGAGAGUGUGUUCGUAUAGGCUAGCUCCCGUGUCACAGAAGUCAUCCGAGUAGGCAUGUUUGAAUUAGUUCCUGUACCAAAAUAUGAACAUACCAAACAAUUGGAUAGUUUGUAUCAAAUUUUUGUGGCACUUGCUACCUUGAUUUGAAUGGAGACAACGGUGUAGCACAAAUUCAAAGCAUCUGUACAUGUAUGCUAUGCAUUCUUAUGCCUUUCAUGUGGGAUGGAUAUUUUUGAAACCAAUAAAAUAGACAGAUAUAUUAUGUGUA